AAUGGGCCCCCCACAAGCCCUGCUGCGCAUGCUCGCUCCGUGACCCCAGCUUGAGGUGACUGCCCGAACCCAGACGGGGGCCCCAGGCACGGAGGCUGAGGGACCUGCCGCAGCUCGGUCUCCGGAGAGGGAGGGCCCCGCUGCCGUCGCCGCCCGGCCGGUGCCCGACCAGAAGCCAAGGAGCCCUCAGUGACCACGGAUUCUCUGGACACCUCCACAGCCCUGUCCCCACUCAGCUGAGGCAGAGCCAGCACCAGCUCAGACACAAGGACGGAGCCCUUGAACUGCUGGGUUCCUUCCAGAGAGGUGGAGGAAAAAUCCAUCUGCUGGGGCCUGAGUGUGGCCUGGAGGCCAGGCCAUCGGUCCCGGAAUGCCCCUGCCCGAGCCCAGUGAGCAGGAGGGCGAGAGCGUGAAGGCCGGCCAGGAGCCCUCCCCUGAGUCCCCUGAGCCGGGCACAGAUGUCGUCCCCGCAGCCCCCAGGAAGCCCAGGAAGUUCUCCAAACUGGUGCUGCUGACGGCCUCCAAGGACAGUGCCAAAGUGGCGGGGGCCAAGCGCAAAGGAGUGCACUGCAUCAUGUCCCUGGGGGUGCCCGGCCCUGCCACCCUUGCCAAAGCCCUCCUCAAGAUCCAUCCCGAGGCUCAGCGGGCCAUCGAGGCUGCCCCCCAGGAGCCUGAGCAAAAACGCGGCAAGCUGGACACAGACGGAAAAGAAGACGGAAGGUUGGCAGGACAGCCUGCCCCCAGUCCCUUGGUGGAUGGGGAGGAGUCCACCAUGGGCCCCAUCGUGUCCAGGGAGGACCCGUAGCCCUGACAACCAAAGGUGCAUCCUGGCUGGGUCAGUGAACUUGGCUGCAACUUCUACACGUUCCACUGGGCUUCUGCCUGGGGCCCAGCCGCUGACUGAUUUUCACUUUUGACAUUGUAAUCUUUUUCUGAUCAAGCAUAAUUUACUUUUGUAAGCAGAAAAAAAAUUAAACGAGAAUAAAAGAAGCUGUACACUAGA